AGGCCAUGAGAAGGGCUAUGGUGGCUUGGGGCAAGAGUCUACUUUCCCAGAAAAAUUGGAAAAUGAAAGACCGAGAGAGCUUUGUGUUUUAAGAAAAAUUGGGAGAAUGCAAAUGUCCGAACAAGACUCAUGCAAAGGUGGACCACCAAAAAUAUCUACAAAUUAGACGGGGUCACAGGUAUACUGAAAGGCACUUGAUCAAGAGAAAUCUGGGGGAAGCUGGAAACCAUCAAGUUAUUGAGGCCACACGGGGCAGAAAAGAUAGAAGAAAGAAAGUUUAUCAGUUUCUUCCUAAACCUCUUAGAAAUAACAGCAUAUCUUAAUCUGAGACUUCCCGUGGGCCACAGGCCAUGAUGGAUGUGCACCUCGAUACUCCUGAGGGUCAGGAGAACGCAAGCAACAAUGGCAAGGGAAGCAGCGGCACAGGAAACCAGCAAGAUGUUGCUAUGAGGACAGAUUCAUCGAAAAUGACUGAUGUGGAGCCUGUGGUCAACAAUUUUGCAUCUUCAGCAAGGACAGGCCGCCGGAAUGCGGUGCCAGACAUCCAGGGCUCAGCGGGGACAGGUGGAAUCUCGGAGUUGCCCCUCAGACUGGAGGCCCUCUCCAUGGAGGAAGAUGUAAAAAAGAAAGAUGAAGAAACAACACAAUGCCAAUUGGAAAAGCCCCCAAAAGAAGAAAAAUGAAGGCUCAUAAACUAUCAAAAGUGCUGAAUUUCUGUAAACUGAAAGACUUAGUGGCCCUGCUUUCCUGAGAUGUUUGAUCUGGUAGUAACUAUGGUAACAUUGCAGCCCUAAGCAACACGUGUGUAUUAGAUAAUUUUGUUGUGAUGCUACUCACUUGGAAUGCAACCACAAUAUCCAAUGUAGGCUAUUAAACGGCAUAUUACUUCCAAAUUGCACCCAAGGAAAAGGUUAAGAAUGUAUGGUCACUUAUAUACAUAUCAUUAUCUAUAAACCCAACAAAAUCCACUGUUCUCUUUUGGAUUUACUUAGCCACAUGUAUUUUUAAUUCUGUUUUUAUGGUAAUGGGCAAACCAUUUUCUUAGUAAAUAUAAAACAAACACCAUUUAAAACUAUGGAAUUUGUAGGGCAGUAUUUUUUUUGGAUGAGAAGGAAUAAUAGUCAAAAACACAUAGAGAACAUUUGUUUUUAAAGCAAAAAUGCACUAUUUUUCCCCAAACCCUAAAAUGAUUUGGAAAAAUUACAAAACUUUGACAAGUUAAAUAUCUUUAGGAUAUUUUUGUUUGAUGUAUUUUGCUUCUAGUCUAUGCAUACUGUGAUUUUUCUUAUAGACUCUUAAAAUACGAAAUUUGUGACAAAUUGUUUAUAUGGAACAUGCCUAUUAAAAUGAAUUUCACUAUCUUCCUUAA